AAACCUGGGUGGCUGUGACUCCAGCCAUGGCGUCUAUUUUGCUCUCCCUGAGCCUCUCCCAUCUGAGCCUGUGGGCUUUUGGACUGAUCUUGGUCUUAAGCUCCCUCAAGCUCAUUCGUCUGUUGCAGCGGAGGCAGAUGCUGGCCAAGGCUAUGGACAACUUCCCAGGGCCCCCCACCCACUGGCUCUUUGGGCAUGCCCUCGAGAUCCAGCAGAUGGGGAGUCUAGACAAGGUGGUGUCCUGGUCCCACCAGUUCCCCUAUGCUCACCCACUUUGGAUGGGACAGUUCCUUGGCUUCCUGAACAUCUAUGAUCCUGACUACGCCAAAGCUGUGUACAGUCGAGGAGACCCCAAGGCCCCGGAUGUGUAUGACUUCUUCCUCCAGUGGAUUGGGAAAGGCUUGCUAGUCCUCGACGGGGCCCAGUGGUUUCAGCAUCGCAAGCUGCUCACGCCUGGCUUCCACUAUGAUGUGCUGAGGCCCUAUGUGGCUGUGUUCGCCGAGUCCACACGUGCCAUGCUGGACAAGUGGGAGGAAAAGGCUCGUGAGCAUAAAAGCUUUGACAUCUUCUCCGAUGUGGGCCACGUGGCGCUGGACUCGCUCAUGAAGUGCACCUUUGGCAGAGGAAAGAGAGGCCUGGGCCACAGGGACAAUAGCUACUACCUGGCGGUCAGCGAUCUCACGCUGCUGAUGCAGCAGCGCAUUGAAUCCUUCCAGUACCACAAUGACUUCAUCUACUGGCUCACCCCGCAUGGCCGCCGCUUCCUGAGGGCCUGCCAGGUGGCCCAUGACCACACAGACCAGGUCAUCAGGGAACGGAAGGCAGCCCUGCAAGAUGAGAGAGAGCGGGAGAAGACCCAGAGCCGGAGGCACCUGGACUUCCUGGACAUUCUCCUGGGGGCCCAGGAUGAAGAUGGGGUCAAGCUGUCAGAUGCAGACCUCCGGGCCGAGGUGGACACGUUCAUGUUUGAAGGCCACGAUACCACCACCAGUGGCAUCUCCUGGUUUCUCUACUGCAUGGCCCUGUACCCCGAGCACCAGCAACGUUGUCGGGAGGAGGUCCGAGAGAUUCUUGGGGACCGGGACUCCAUCCACUGGGAUGAUCUGGGGAAGAUGACCUACCUGACCAUGUGCAUCAAGGAGAGCUUCCGGCUCUACCCGCCUGUGCCCCAGGUGUACCGCCAGCUCAGCAAGCCUGUCAACUUUGUGGAUGGUCGCUCUCUACCUGCAGGCAGCCUGAUUUCUCUGCACAUCUAUGCCCUCCACAGGAACAGUGCCGUGUGGCCCGACCCUGAGGUCUUUGACCCCCUGCGCUUCUCCCCUGAGAAUACGACUGGACGCCACUCCUUUGCCUUCAUUCCCUUCUCUGCUGGUCCCAGGAACUGCAUUGGGCAGCAGUUUGCCAUGAAUGAGGUGAAGGUGGUCACAGCCUGCUGCUUGCUCCGUUUUGAGUUUUCUCCGGACCCCGCGAAGCAACCCAUCUUGUUACCCCAGCUGGUCCUGCGCUCCAAGAAUGGCAUCCACCUCCGCCUGAAGCCACUGGGCUCAGGCUCUGGGAAGUAGCUCUGCUGAGAGUAGGGCCCCAGCCAGCCCAGGCUGUGGCCUCUCCCUGGGCGCUGCCCUCUCCAAGCCAGGCUGUAGAGUAGCUGUGUUCCCCUGUCUUCCGCAGACUUGUGGUUUAGAAGGGGAGUAGGCACCUGCACAGAUAGUCACCUCCAAGGCAGCACCAUGUAAACAAGUGUGUCUCUAAAUGCUUACCAUGCACGUGUUCCAGAGCUCACUCAUUCAUUCAGCAAACAUAUGGUGAACACCUACGGGGUUCUAGAGGCUCCAGUUAUGUCCCAUAAUUGUCCCUCUUUCUAAAACUUCCACAACAUUCGCAGCAGAAGCUGUGCCUUGGGACUGGCAGUUAUGACCAGGCACUCACUCACUCCAUGUGAUGGAGAGAUGGCUUUCGGGGCUUGCCCUUCACGGAGAUCUGUUUCUUUCUUACCUUUGUGUGCAUGUGUUUGGAACAUAACAGACAUAAGGACAAGUUGCUUAAACCAAGAAUACACAAGACAAUGAAAACCUAAUCCCCAGUAAUCACUGCUGAGGUCAAGGAAUACGGAUUAUAUUUCAUGGGUGUAUGUUGGGCCCCUCCUGAGACAGGUCUCUGUGGCACUCCUGCCAUUGUCACCAUCUGUGUCACAGUGACCCGGUGCACUGGACAUGUGGGGUUUUGCUGGGGAAGGUGGCAGAGUGGCAUCAGAGGGUGGCUUCCUGGAAGAGGUGGUGCCUGAAUCAGGCCUUGAGGCAGGGAGAGGUAUGAAAGUGCAAAGGGGGACUUUUGGAGAGGGACUCAGGCUGGGGCCGUGUGGGGAAUUAGUGCUCCUUCCCCAGUAGUCCCUUCAGCAGCUACCUGAGGGCUGGGGGCACAGACACCUCUAGGGUUCAAGUCUAAGGCCAUUAGUGGGCUCUAAUCCAGGAAAUGGACAACUGUGGAAGGGAGCACACUGGAUGCUUGGGGGAGGGGCAAGAGAGGGGAAUUGUAGCCCUGGGAAUUGGAGAUGUGUUUCUGUUGCCCUGGGGAUACACCACCUGGAGACACAUCCUUCCUGCUAGUGAUGCCUCCCCUCUGGAAAGAAGGUCACAGCCUUGGAAGCUUGGCCAGGGCCACAUGCUCCCUCCUGCAAAGCCCUGUCGAGUUACAGAUCUCCUCGCUCACCUGAGACUGGGGUGCCUGGGCCUCAGGCAGAGUGUCCCCCAUGCCACCCACUUUCCCUCUGUCCUGGCCCUGGACAGACCUUUCUCUGCACAAGUGAAGAAAUGGUUUCAAUAGGCAGCACCAGGGUGCAGAGCGCAGGGUCAUAACCGUGUGUGGCCCAUGGGUGGCAUCGAGUCUAAGCUGUGUCUACUUCCCUGAUGUCUGGAUCCUCAGGAGGCCAGUGAGGCAGGACGGAGGAGGCUGUUAUCCCGCUUCAAUACUAAGCGAAGGAACCUGCCCAGGAAGCAGACCCCCACCAGAUGAAAACUGCUGACUACAAGCACAUAGACCCUAGACUGGGUGAAAACAGAAGAUUGAUAAUGCUUGAAACUUCACCUCAAUGCCAACCAAUCCAAGAAUUGUCCACAAGCUGAUUACACCAUGCUCCUUGAACACUGUAACACUUACUACCCCUUCCAGGGUGGGUCACACAGUCUUGAAGGCAGUAGCCCACUGUGCCUGGCAAAGCAAUAAAAGUUACUCUUUUUUACAU